CCGCGCUGCUCAGCGCUUCGCUCCUCGUCGCUCCGCGCCCGGCCGAGCGGCUCCCGGCCCGUCGGUGGGAUUACGGCGGCCGCCUCGCCGCAGACAACGUCCGACCCGCUGCCCGCAGGAAAUUAAGAGUUCACAGAAAGCCUUUAAAGAGGAGUUUUCUGGGAAGGAAAUAAUACUUUGGUGUCCUUUUAUGAAGAAGACCACCUGAAUUGUGUAACAUUCCUACAUUUGGGACCUGCCUUCAGCGUGCAGCGGAAUUCUUUCCUGCAUUACAAAUUGGGAAGUGUUAAGAGUGAGCGCUGGAAAAUGGCCCUCUCUGCGAGGUGUGGAUGUAUCAGGAUGUAGUUGCUGUACAAAGUUUAUCCUUGGAUAACUCUGGACAGAGAUAAACCUCCAUUGCUGACCUCCUAAAGAGGCGAUCCUUGUUCAGGCCCCAGCAUAAUGAAUAGUUUCCAUCACGCGGCGCUCAAGCUCCAACCUCCCAACUACAGCAUCCCACAAAAGAACUUGUACGAGUUACAAAGAAAGUAAUUCUUGUUAAAGGCAUUAAACCAAACAAAAGAGGCUCUCCAUUCACAGACUUUACAUGAGAACAGAAACAGAAGGAAGCUGAAGCCUUUCUGCUUACGUACCAUGGUAAAUCUUUGUUGGGUUGCCCCUGGAGCAUAGUGCAUGGAAGCAGGCACCACCAGGAAGGGGCAGCUGAGGGAGAAGCCAUCCAUGGAGUGAAGUAUAAGAGCAAGAGAGGAAUUUGUUUGCUGGAUAUCCUCAAGCACAAAAUUUACUCUUACCUUUAAAUACGAUUUUGAAGAUCAGAACUGUAUACAAAUCUCAUCAUUCCUGACCAUGAUUACUGUACCCUGGAGCGUCUUCCUAAUUUGGACUAAAAUAGGGCUGUUACUUGACAUGGCACCUUAUUCUGUCACUGCCAAAUCGUGCCCAUCAGUAUGUCGCUGUGAUGUGGGUUUCAUAUAUUGUAAUGAUCGCGAUUUGACAUCUAUUCCUACAGGAAUCCCAGAGGAUGCUACUAACCUCUUCCUUCAGAACAAUCAAAUAAAUAAUGCUGGGAUUCCAUCAGAACUGAAGAACUUGCGUAGGGUGGAAAGAAUAUUUUUAUACCACAACAGCCUAGAUGAAUUUCCCACUAACCUCCCUAAGUACGUCAAAGAACUGCAUUUGCAGGAGAAUAAUAUAAGGACCAUCACUUAUGAUUCUCUUUCACAAAUUCCUUAUCUGGAAGAACUGCAUUUGGAUGAUAAUUCUGUUUCCGCUGUUAGUAUUGAAGAUGGAGCUUUCAGGGACAACAUCUAUCUCAGACUUCUUUUUCUCUCUCGAAAUCACCUUAGCACCAUUCCCUGGGGUUUGCCUAAAACAAUAGAAGAGCUGCGCUUGGAUGAUAAUCGUAUUUCCACGAUUUCAGAGCUGUCCCUUCAAGACCUUACAAAUCUAAAACGCCUUGUUCUAGAUGGAAAUCUUCUAAAUAACCAUGGACUAGGAGACAAGGUCUUCAUGAAUCUAGUCAAUCUUACAGAACUGUCAUUGGUUCGCAAUUCACUUACAGCCGCACCAGUAAAUUUGCCAGGCACAAACCUACGGAAGCUUUAUCUUCAAGAAAACCAUAUCAAUCACGUGCCACCCAAUGCUUUCUCUUACUUAAGGCAGUUGUAUCGACUGGAUAUGUCCAAUAACAAUCUCAGCAAUUUACCUCAGGGUGUCUUUGAUGACCUGGACAACAUAACUCAGCUGUUUCUUCGCAACAACCCUUGGCACUGUGGGUGCAAAAUGAAGUGGGUCCGUGACUGGUUGCAGUCAUUGCCUUUGAAAGUGAACGUACGUGGGCUGAUGUGCCAGGCGCCAGAAAAGGUGCGCGGAAUGGCUAUCAAAGACCUCAACACGGAACUGUUUGAUUGUAAGGAUGACAUGAGCACCAUCCAGAUCACUACUGCAGUACCCAACACACUGUACCCGGCUCAGGGACACUGGCCGGUUUCUGUGACCAAACAACCAGACAUCAAGACCCCCAACCUAAACAAGAACUACAGAACUACGGCCAGCCCGGUACGCAAGAUCAUCACAAUAUUUGUGAAGUCAGUGAGCACAGAGACCAUCCAUAUCUCCUGGAAAGUUGCGCUGCCAAUGACAGCCUUACGGCUCAGCUGGCUCAAGAUGGGCCACAGCCCUGCCUUUGGAUCUAUAACUGAAACCAUUGUAACAGGGGACAGGAGCGACUACCUGCUUACAGCACUCGAACCAGAGUCACCAUACCGCGUGUGCAUGGUCCCCAUGGAAACCAGCAACAUCUAUCUCUCUGAUGAGACACCUGAAUGCAUUGAGACCGAGACAGCUCCCCUCAAGAUGUACAACCCGACAACCACACUCAACCGGGAGCAGGAAAAGGAGCCCUACAAGAACUCCAGCGUGCCUCUGGCCGCCAUCAUUGGUGGCGCAGUGGCACUGGUGGCCUUGGCAUUGCUGGCCCUGGUGUGCUGGUACGUCCAUAGGAAUGGGGCCCUCUUCUCCCGGCACUGUGCCUACAGCAAGGGGCGCAGGAGGAAGGACGACUAUGCUGAGGCGGGCACCAAGAAGGAUAACUCCAUCCUAGAAAUCAGGGAGACUUCCUUUCAGAUGAUACCCAUCACUAACGACCAGGUGUCUAAGGAGGAGUUUGUAAUACACACCAUUUUCCCCCCUAACGGCAUGAAUCUGUAUAAGAACAGCCACAGUGAAAGCAGUAGUAACAGGAGCUACAGAGACAGUGGUAUCCCAGAUUCAGAUCAUUCACACUCAUGAUACUGAAAGACAUAAAAGACUGGUUUGGUUUUGGUUGGUUUGUUGUUUGUUUUUUUUUUAAAAAAAUAAAUGAGAAAAGACUGACUUUUAACGGUUGCUGUUCUACUGCAAAACACUGGAUUAAAGACUGACAAAGCAAUGUACUGUACAUUUGCCAUAUAAUUUAUAUUUAAGAACUUUUUAUUAAAAGUUUCAAAUUUCAGGCUACUGCUGCGAUUAAUGUAGUGGGGAUACCUGACCACAAUUCUAUAUUUUAGUAUUUUUUAGUAAUUUGUACUGUAUUUUCCUUGCUAAUAUUGAAGUUACAGACCAUUUAACUUUUGUGUUCUACUGAGUAAGAUGACUUGUUGACUGUGAAAGUGAAUUUUCUUGCCGUGUUGAGCAGUCAGAACAUUCAUCUGAGAUCCUUGUAAGUGUAAGCACAGGCCAUUUUUCACUUUGGUAUUAAUAAAAUAAUGUUAAACCUGGCAAAUCAGGAAGAGAUCAA